AUGGCGUCCUACCGCAUCCGGCAGUACCGGGAGCAGGACUACGAGACCGUGCGGACCCUCUUUGCCCGCGGCAUCUUGGAGCACGCGCCAGCCGUCUACCGCCACGUCCUGCGCUCGGCACGGGCACAGCUGGGGCUGCUGGUCCUCUUCGCAGCGGUGUGGGCAGCUGCCGGCUACUGGGUGCUGGGGCUGGGGUCCGUGGCACUGGCCCUGGCGGCCACCUGGCUCCUGGCCCGCACCUGGGCCCCGGACUCCGGCUUCUGGGUGGCGGGGGCCGGGGGGGCUGUGGUGGGCAUAGUGGCUGCGACACAGCCGGAGGAUCCGGCCGAGAGGGGGGUGGCCCUGGAGCUGAAGCGAAUGUCGGUCAGCAAGGACUACCGGGGCCGGGGCCUCUCUAAAGCGCUCUGCAGGGAGGUGCUGCGCUUUGCCCGGGCACGGGGGUACGAGGCGGUGGUCCUCUCCACCACUGUCGUGCAGGUGGCGGCUCAGCAGCUCUACGAGGGCCAGGGCUUCAGGGAGGUGGGCACCUACAUGGGUGUGCAGCCGGCCAGUGCUGACGACGAACUGGCGUUGAAGAGGAUGGCGGUGCGGAAGGAUUACCGGGACCGUGGCAUCGCCACGGCGCUGGGCCGCACCACGCUGGCCUUCGCGCGGCAGCGUGGCUGCUGGGCCGUG